AUGCACCAGAAGGCUGCGAUGGCGUCUAUCCACAAUCUGCCUACCGAGAUCUUAGGGGAAAUGUUCCUACGUUGUUUACCGGAGAGUCCCAGAGACGAAAGCCAACCUAAUACCAAGAUCGCCCCGAUCCUCCUUUGCCACGUAUGUUCAGUAUGGCGAACCACCGCCCUUCGUCUCCCAAAACUCUGGGCUCGCCUCUGUAUGAGGUCAACGUUCAAAGUCUUUUAUCCUGUCUAUACCCAUUGGAAGGGAGGGGGCUAUAGCCACUUGAAAUACCCUAUCUACGAAGAGCUGCCCAUGCAUCCAUGCACCCUCGAAUUCCUGACAUGGUGGAAGGACAACGCACGUUCAGUUCCGAUUGACCUCUAUCUCGACAAAAUCAAGGAAGAGCACCUAGAGUAUGACGUGGAAGAAGAUGGGACAAUCCUGGAUGGAACCCCUCCAGGGCCCGAGGCCAUGAAUGCCCUCGAAUUCGCCCUGGCUGGGCUCCCUUCCGUCAGGCAUUUCGAGAUGGCCAUCAAUCGACACGCAAUGGAGGUACUCUGCAAGGCGGCGACGCCAACAACUUUUGGGCGCCUCGAAUCACUCACCGUGAACCAGUACUUCCAUAUCGGAAUUAGGUCCAGGACGAAGUUCGUUUUUGCCUUCCCUCCCGCCCCUCGUCUCCGUCGGCUCGCGCUCACGAGCUACGUUAACACGAUCUCGUUUUGCUGGACCCAGCUGACCCAUCUAUGCGUCUCGUGUGCGAUCAAACAGGACGAUUGGUUUGAGGUGUUGACAAACUGUAAAAACCUCUUAUCCGGCGUUUUUAACCUGUCCGAGGACGAGUCAGAGGAGAGCAACCUUCCACCGAUAGUACAUCCAAACCUUCGCCAACUUUUCGUCAUUGGGGCAACGUUCCGCUCCGUCUCAUUCCCGGGAUUGAAGGCCCUCCGGAUAUUGCCGAACCGAACAAUCGACACCUUGGAAAAGCUUGCCGAAAUCCUUCGGAAGACUCCAGCCCUCACCGAACUCCAUUUCGACUCAAGAGGAUUCAGCUUCUAUCAAUUUUUUUCCGGUGCGACACCUGAAGAGUCGUGUUGGUUGCGGAAUGUACUACCAGACCUCAAUCUUCUCUCCUUCGAAUUUACACAUUGCAGUGCCAAUUCGAAUGGGAGGGUAAUUGCGGAAGUCCUAAAAUCGGAAUGGGUGAAAAUACUGCCUCGGAACGGACAACCUUCCCUCUUGCGUAUCUCAUUCGAAUCCAACAAUAUGAAGGGCUAUCUGGAAGGACUUCGGGUCGUUAUUACGACAGAAGAACUCGAUAGCAUGAAGAGGAGUGAUAUUGUCCGAGCAAUAGAGGAAUUUCACUCGACAAGCGACGGAACCACGAACAUUGAGUUACGAUUUCCGGCUGUGGGGGACGAAAAGAGAAGUUUUUACAGCUAUUUAUACGACGCGGAAGACCUACCGCGGUGGGACGAGGUUAUGGGUUUUCGUGAGCUUUGA